AAAAUAGAGAAAAUAUAGGAGCAAAACCCAGCUGUUUGCUACAUAGACUAGAGAUGACAGAUAGUGAAUCUCCUUCCAAGCACACCUUUGUGAACCCAAACCGUCGGGCUACCAUCACUCCAAAGAGUGGUCAUAGUUGGGAUUGGGAUUAUUGUGAAUUUUUCAACUUUUUUGGGGUUUCCAUAUAUACUCAAUCUCUCCUACUCUUUCUCCUUCUGUCACUUCUCUUUUUCUUUUCCUGCCUCCUAGUUUUUUCUGAUUUUCUCUGCUUUUGUACUGAAGAAACCAAGGGACGCAAAACAUCAGCAGAGCAACAAGAAAUGGGGAUAUUAGAGCACGUUGUAGACUUUUGUGAUGCAACCAUCCCAAAGCAUAAUAAACGUAAGCCAUUACAGACGGUUGAGAUCAAAGUGAAAAUGGACUGUGAUGGUUGUGAAAGAAGAGUCAGAAACUCUGUCAUCCAUAUCAAAGGAGUGAAAUCCGUGGACGUGAGCCGGAAGCAAAGUAAAGUAACGGUGACCGGAAAUGUGGAACCAAAUAGGGUGUUAAACAAAGUGAAGAGCACAGGGAAAAGAGCAGAGUUUUGGCCGUAUGUACCAUACAAUAUGGUGUCCUACCCUUACGUUGCUCAAGCUUAUGACAAAAAAGCACCCUCCGGCUAUGUCAAGAAUGCACCUCAAGCCUUUGCUACUCCUGAUGCUCCUCAUGAGAAAUAUACUACCAUGUUUAGUGAUGAAAAUCCUAAUGCAAGACUUUUGAGUUUUGACACUUAACAAAACGGUAUAGUAUAUGAAAUUAAAGAAUAAGGGAGAUAUCUUAUAAUUGGGUUAUAGAUGUAAAAACGUAAUCACUACAUAAUCAACUUUUAUAAUGUCCAGUCUUAGUUACAAUUAUCAUAUAUAUUAUUAUUCAUAAAUCUUAUACUUGAUUUUAUAAGCAUUUUUCAAUAUUUUGUCUA